AUGACAUCCGCUCAACCUGCCAAACGGUGGGCCGCCCUCGCGCGGGACACCAACGAGACCAAGAUCCAGCUCGCCAUCAACCUCGACGGGGGCGACUUCCCGCCAGAUACAGACUCGAAGCUUUUGGCACAGGAAGCGAACAGCCAUGCUAGCCAGUCUAGCAAGUCGCAGACCAUCAACAUCAGCACGGGCAUUGGCUUCCUCGACCACAUGCUCCAUGCGCUGGCCAAGCACGCAGGCUGGAGCUUAAUCCUUGCAUGCAAGGGCGAUCUACACAUCGACGACCACCACACCGCCGAAGACGUGUGCCUCUCCCUCGGCUACGCCUUCGCCAAGGCCCUCGGCAGCGCCUCGGGCCUAGCCCGGUUCGGGCACGCGUACGCGCCCCUGGACGAGGCGCUCAGCCGGGCGGUGGUGGACCUGUCGAACCGGCCGUUCGCCGUGGUCGAGCUGGGCCUCCGGCGCGAGCGCAUCGGCGACCUCAGCACCGAGAUGAUCCCGCACUGCAUGCAGAGCUUCGCCCAGGCCGCCCGCGUCACCCUGCACGUCGACUGCCUGCGCGGCGACAACGACCACCACCGCGCCGAGAGCGCCUUCAAGGCCCUCGCCGUCGCCAUCAGGCACGCCACCGCCCGCGUCGCCGGCCGGGAGGGCGAGGUGCCGAGCACGAAGGGGACAUUGUCGGCUUGA